UUUGACCCUUACCGGCUACCAUACAGACCCUGCUAGGCUUGGACCUCGCUAAAAUUUGAGUGCCCGGCCAUUUAACCUUUGGAUUUGUAGUGAAGGGCUUGUUUUGUUUUUUUGUUUUUUUUUAAACCCUACAAACACACUCCCAAGUGUCAGUCGAGCCACGACCCACCCGCCCUCGAAAAGCUUGGAAUGAGGCUGCGCCUUGUUGGUCACGUGACACCGCCGCCCAGUGUGUCCUCGCCAGGCAACGGUCCUAGAGACCGACAACACCGUCUGCCGCAGCAUGAACGUGAUCUACCCUCUUGCGGUGCCCAAGGGGCGCCGGCUCUGCUGUGAGGUGUGCGAAGCUCCGGCCGAGCGGGUCUGCGGGGCCUGCACAGUCACUUAUUACUGUGGUGUGGUUCAUCAAAGAGCUGAUUGGGGCAGCAUCCAUGAGAAGAUAUGUCAGCUCCUGAUUCCCCUGCGCACUUCCAUGCCCUUCUACAACUCAGAGGAAGAACGGCAGCAUGGCCUGCAGCAGCUGCAGCAGCGGCAGAAGCAUUUGAUCGAAUUUUGCUACACUGUAGCCCAGAAAUAUAUCUUUGAAGGAAAACAUGAAGAUGCUGUCCCAGCAGCUUUGCACUCUCUUCGCUUCCGCAUGAGUGUUCAUGGCAUGAGUUCAGUAGAGCUGGUACCUGCUUACCUGCUGUUGGCCGAGGCCAGCCUUGGUCUGGGCCGGAUCGUCCAGGCUGAGGAGUAUCUAUCCCAAGCGCAGUGGACAGUCCUCAAAUCGGCUGAAUGUUCUUAUGCCACCCACUCCUUACUGCAUCGGAACCUGGGGCUUCUCUACAUGGCUAAGGAAAACUAUGAGGAAGCCCGUUAUCAUCUGGCCAAUGAUAUUUAUUUUGCCAGUUGUGCAUUUGGAACAGAGCACAUCAGGACCUCAGGAGGCUACUUCUACCUGGCUAAUAUCUUCUAUGGCCUUAAAAAGUUGGACCUGGCAGACACAUUGUACACCAAGGUCUCUGAGAUCUGGAAUAAAUAUUUGAACAAUCACUAUCAAGUCCUCUCACAGGCUCGCACCCAACAAGUAGAUCUACUAGGCAAACAAUUUGAGACCGACACUGGCUUGGAUGAAGCCCAGGAAGCAGAAGCCAUUCAGAUCCUGACUUCAAUCUUGAAGAUUCGAGAAUCUACAUCUGACAAAGCCCCCCAAAAAACAAUCUUUGUUCUAAAAAUCCUGUUCAUGCUUUACUACCUGAUGGUGAAUUCUUCAAAGGCAAAGGAAUACGCCAUGAGAGCCCUGGAUCUAGCCAAAGAACAGCAGCUCAGUGUCCAUGAACAAAACACCAUUCAAGACUUACUAAAUCUCAUCUCAGCUGAGGAAGCUCAUUCCAUUACUUGGUGACCCAAGAGCUCUGCAUCAUGGACUAUUGAGCAUCUAAUGUAUUCCAGCAUUGCACAGCUGCUUUGAGGUGCUAUGAAUUGCUGAAGUGCCCACCCUCUUCCCCUGGGAUUGCGCUCAUAGCUGUGUUUUUAUCGUUUCACAGCAUAUGUUGGGGAAUAUAGAGCUUUUGGCACAGAAAUCAGUAAAACUCUUGUUUAUCAUGACUUUGCACGACUUUGAAUAAUGUGUUAUCAGUUCACUAACAAGGUAUUUAUAAUUAAACUGCAAAUAGUUUAUC